GUCUGCUGUCAGUAUGAUGUGGCGUCGGUUUGCCAUGAGAAAGAUAAGAAGCAUUUUAAGAGGGAAAACCCACCCGGCUGUCAUAGAGUUGACGAGAUAAACUCGCAAGAACUGGACUGAAGAGCCUUUACUGAGAAAGAUGAUUGCUGUUUGCUGGACGAACUAGAGGGAGCCCUAGAAAACCCCAAACAGAAGAAGAACUUUCUCUGGUGGAAGACCUUAACAUUGGAGGUCAUAUCUGAAGUAUUGUUGAGGAGGACUGAAGCAUGCAGGGGUGUGAGGUUGGCACCAAGCUGCGCUACUGGCUGACUCUGAUCUCAGGGAUGCUGGAGUGUCUGUGCUUUGCUGGUGUGGUGUUUGGUUACGCCUCUCUGGUGUUUGUGUUGAAGGAAGACGGGUACUUCAGUGAGCUGUGUAGCAGCGACACAGGCAGCAACAGUUCUCUGAAAGAGGCAGACUGCAGUAGUCAGGAUGAGCAGUUUUCUCUGGUUUUUACGAUAGCCUCAUUCCUGAACAACUUCCUGAGUCUGAUCAAUGGCUACCUUUUUGAUCGAUUUGGCACGAUGGUGACCAGGCUGCUGGCAAUAUGUUUAUACACUGCUGGAACUCUUCUCGUAGCCUUCUCCAAUGCAGCGUAUUCCCUGAUGCUCUUCCCUGCCUUGUCCUGCGUCGCUGUGGGAGGAAUUCUGCUCCUUAUGACUAACAUGCAGGUGGGCAACCUGUUUGCUGCUCAUCGCUCCACCAUCAUCACCCUCUACAACGGAGCCUUCGACUCUUCUUCAGCUGUCUUCCUCAUCAUCAAGGUUCUGUAUGAGCAAGGUGUCUCCCUCCGGGCCUCCUUCUUCGCCUUGUCCUUCUGCAGCAUCAUUCACGUGGCGAGAACUUUCCUGCUCAUGCCAAGAACCCACAUCCCCUACCCUCUGCCCCGGUGCUACACAUAUGGGGUGAACUGUGGACCGGCCGAUAGUUAUAAUGUGGAGCAGGUCGAGAGGACGAGGGAGGCUGAAACUACACUCACUCCGGAUUUCAGUGGGAAAGAUGAAACGACGAGGCCGGAUAAAACACAGGCCGAAAACACAGAAAGAGUUGUGGCCUUCCGGAGCUGUGUCUUGUCCUGGUUCUUCCUCUGGCAUCUGUUGUGGUUGUCCAUAAUGCAGCUGAGACACUACCUCUUCAUCGGCACACUCAACUCCAGGCUCAGCCGGCUGGCCAGAAAUGACCCCAUCCUGGUGAGCCAGUACACCAAUGCUUUUGCAAUGACUCAGCUGUGCGGAGUGGUCUGCGCACCCUGGAACGGACUCAUCUUGGACAGACACAAGGGAAGGCCUCGAGCUGCUGGAGAAACUGAACAGGACGCUGACCUACGCUCCUCCUACCUGUCUCUGUUCCUGACUUCGCUGCAGUGCCUCCUCUUCUCUGUUUGCGCCUCCAUCCCUCUCCUCCCACUACAGUACCUCACCUUCAUCCUACAGGUCCUCAAUAGGUCCUUUCUCUAUGGGGGAAACGCAGCCUUCAUUAGCAUUGCUUUUCCAGCCUGUCACUUUGGGAAGCUGUACGGCCUGGUGAUGGCGCUCUCUGCGGUCAUUUCUCUGCUGCAGUAUCCUUGCUUUGCCCUGGUCAAAGGAGCUCUGCGCGGAGAUCCAUUUUAUGUGGAUAUUACGCUCACUCUCCUCACUGUUCUGGUCUUCAUCCAUCCAGUCUACAUCUUCAUCCACUGCAGGAGACAAGCCCACAGCAGGGAGAACAUCCCUCAGACUGAAGCUCAUAUUGACCCCAGUUUGGCUCAAGCUGAACUGUAGAGAAUGAAUCAUUUUAUGUGACAAGUUUUACAUUUCAGGUUUUAAAAUUCCAGAUUGUUUGUUUCAAUCUCAUUGUUUUAACUAGAAAAUAGAAAUGACAAUAUUUUAUAUCAAUUUUCUUAUAAGCAGACUGAUGUUUUGUAAUGUUUUACAGAAACAAAUGUGUUUUUUUUAUUAAUUAUACACUGCUCAAAAAAAUAAAGGGAACACUCAAA